AUGCGUUUUUGCAAGUGCGCAACAAUUGUAUGCACGGAGUGGUAUGAUUUGGCAGAAAGAUGCAACCAUUGGGAAGAAGCCAGGAGAUCCUCCAACAUAUCUAAAUGCUGGUACUUUGACCACACUGAUUUGGAUCAGUCGGCCCAAUGGACAGCUCUCUGUGCUGAUCAUACCCACAUGUGGAAGAAUGCGAUAUAUCGCGAGAUGGCUGUUGGGUACAAAUGUCGAUCAAGUGACCUUGAAGUCGUUAAAAUCGUUAGCGUAAGUGAUGCUGAAUUAGAUAAGCAAAUACGGGUGCGUAUUAGUUAUGCAUUUAUUAUUAUUAGUAAAAUUAGCCAUGAUAUAUUCUAA